AUGAAUCGAAGUGUGGUGCUGGGCUGGUGCUCACAGCCAGCUCGCCUCGGCCAUAAGUGUGACCGUCACUUCGAUUUCACUCCCCUCUGUAACCGGACCGCACCCGAGAAACGCUUCUUCGGCCGUUAUUCUGGCCCAACAGCUACAAUUCCUAACCUGCCCCGCAGACAUGACGGCUAUACCGCUCCGCCGGAAUCUGGUGGCGACUUCUUCCCAGGACUAGGCCAUCAGGCAAAGGAAAAAGAGGCCGAGAAGGAUUUCUACCUAAGUCUUCUGAGUUCUGCUUCUACAAAGCGAGAAGUAAAGUCCUAUCUCUCACGAUUCAAGACUCAAAAAUCUACAUCCAAUGAUACCCACAAACCCGAUCCCCCACACCGAGUCACACCUCCGCACAAUCUUGAACCGAAGACAGGAUUGAAGACACAAAGCAAAUUAGGCGUGAAUUUAGGAAAUAUAUUCGGGGACUCCGCGACCGUGGAGAAUGCUCCGGUAUUUACACAAGACCCCAUACAUGUUCGGAUGGAGGCAACCCCCGAAAAGCUUCACGUUGCUCUAGUCGAACUCCGGAAGCCUCAGCUACUAAAUGAUCACAUUCUCCACGGGGUUGGCCAGACUCUCUCACAAUUAAGCAGACUUGGGAUGAGCUGUUGCGUUGUGAUUGAUGCGGGUGGCAGCUUAGACGAGAUGUCCCAUCGACAUAUUUCUACACAGCAGGCAGAUCGACUAUCUGCAGCCAUUGAUGCGAAUCACGGACCAGACUCCCAGAGAAUUGAUUCUGCCAUCGCGGUAUCGCCAGAAUCUAAUAUGAAGGUCUCGGUCCUAUCCCGCAAUUUGCUACUAUCGCCUUUACGUCAAGGCCAUGUCGUUGUUGUAGCCCCAGUGGGGUAUACUACAGAUACCCAGAGAGCAGUUCCUGUUCCGGCAGGUAAAAUAGUUUUAGCAUUAACCAAGGAAUUGGCAGGGCUUGAGAUAAACAGCAGCCCAGACGAAGAUGCUAUCACUACAGCCGGCAGAGCGAAGUAUUUGCAGAUGGAAAUAUCACUCGAUAGGCUGAUUAUUCUGGAUCCUUCUGGUGGAAUCCCUUCACUGAAGGAGAGACCCCAUGUUUUUGUCAACCUGGAACAGGAAUAUGACGACAUUAUGGGGGAGUUGAGCCAAAAACUCAACGGUACUGAUUAUCAUACUUCUUCAAAACCUCAAGAUAUAAACGAAAUAUCCCCAUUCCAUUUUGGGAAGAGCAAUCCUAUAUCCAAGUUUGUCGAUGAGGAGGUAGUUCCUCUUCCAAAAGAAUCUGGUGGAUCUGGCCGGACGGAAACCGUGGAUGACCAUUUGAACAAUUUAACGCUUUUACAACAGACUCUGUCGUAUCUACCCCCAUCGUCAUCUGGGAUUAUCGUUACACCUUAUGAGAUAGCCACAUCUCCCGACGAAACUCCUGAUGCUUCAACUUUAUCCGCUGUUGGAACUCGACGAUCGCGAAAUCCUCUGAUUCAUAACCUGCUUACUGAUAGACCUAUUUUAUCAGCUUCUUUACCGAUUGGAAGAAUAUGCGCCCGGAACGGCGCCACGCCACCGAGCCAAACGCUUGCUACACAUUCCACCUUUGUGAAGCGGGGGAUGCCGUUGACUUUACUACCAGAUCCGCGCGUUAGAAUGUGGACGCCAGACAACUUUGGUGACCACAUCCUCACAUUGGAUGAUUCAAGGAUCGACCUGCAACGCCUUGUUUAUUUGAUUGAAGAUUCUUUCGACAGGAAACUAGAUGCCCGCCGUUAUAUCGAUCGUGUCAACAAACGCCUUGCUGGGCUCAUUAUCGCCGGUGAAUAUGAAGGCGGAGCGAUCCUCACGUGGGAAACGCCACCUGGCGUGCCUGAUGACGGGAGCGAAGAGAGCAGAUCUCGAAUGGUUCCAUAUCUCGACAAAUUUGCCGUUCUCAAAAGAAGCCAAGGGGCCGGUGGAGUGGCAGAUAUCGUGUUUAACGCCAUGGUUCGCACCUGUUUCCCAAAUGGCGUCUGCUGGCGAAGCAGAGCGGAUAACCCCGUUAAUAAGUGGUACUUCGAGAGGUCCAGAGGAACGUGGAAGCUUCCAGGCACUAACUGGACCAUGUUUUGGACCACAGACGGUGUACCUGAAAAUCAACAAGAGUUUUGGGAUUAUGAAGGCGUUUGUCGGUCUAUUGUGCCCACUUGGGCGGAUAAUAAGCAGCAAGUUGAUUGA